AUGUGUCUGACAAAAAUAACAUCGACUCAUCGAUGUCUGUGUUAAACAGCGGGCAAUACAGCACCGAAAAAAGCCGAUGCAACAUUUUUUAUACAAAAAUUAAAAGAAAUUGUGCAGUUGCGGUGAAAUUGGUCAAAGGGGCGUGCCUAAAUAAUUCCGCGCGAACCACAAGCCAACAAGUAAAUAAAUAAAUUUACAACAAAAGGAAAAUAUAUUAAAAAUAAAAUAAACAAGCGAAUUGUGUGGAACUCGUCUUCUCAGAUUGGAAAAGUGAGACAUCAGCAACGGUAGCUGCGAUUCGAGGUGAGCAAUUGCAAUUGCCUUGCAUCGGACUACACAAUACACGCACCGUCACACACACAGACACACACACACACACACACAGAGACACACACACAGCAUGGCCUGGCGCUUUAAGGCUUCGAAGUAUAAAAAUGCCGCGCCCAUUGUGCCCAAAGCGGAGGCUUGCGUGCGCGAAAUCUGCGUGGGCAGCUACCAAACCUAUGGCAACAAUAUUGCCGCAUCGGCGGCCUUUAUGGCCUUCAACUGGGAGCACAGCGGCUCCAGUGUCGCCGUUCUGCCGCUGGACGAUUGCGGCCGCAAGAGCAAGACAAUGCCGCUGCUGCACGGUCACACGGACACGGUGACAGACUUGAAGUUCUCGCCGUUUCACGAUGGACUGCUGGCCACAGCAUCGCAGGAUUGCCUCGUCAAAAUCUGGCACAUACCCGAAAAGGGACUCGAGCAAUCGCUCUCCGAUCCGGAGGCCGUCUUCUCACACAAGCAACGGCGCGUGGAGACGGUCGGUUUCCAUCCCACAGCCGAUGGUUUGAUGUAUUCGACAGCGGCUGGCUGUGUGGCGCUCUUCGAUAUUGCUGCCCAAAAGGAAAUCUUCUCAAACAAUGAACAUCCGGAGGUGAUACAAUCGGCCAGCUGGCGCGAAGAUGGCACCGUGCUGGCCACCAGCUGUAAGGAUAAAUGCGUGCGCAUUUUCGAUCCACGCGCCGCCGGCUCACCCAUACAAAUGCUGGCCGAAUCGCAUCAGAGCAUUAAAGAUUCGCGCGUCGUCUGGCUGGGCAAUCAGUCGCGCAUCCUGACCACCGGCUUCGAUGCGGCCCGUUUGCGUCAGGUGAUCAUACGCGAUAUGCGCAAUUUCAAUGUGCCCGAGAAGACGCUGGAGCUGGACUGCUCGACGGGCAUACUGAUGCCGCUGUUCGAUGCCGAUACGAAUAUGCUUUUCCUGGCCGGCAAGGGCGAUACGACCAUUAACUAUCUGGAGAUAACAGACAAGGAUCCCUAUCUAAUCGAGGGACUGCGGCAUACGGGCGAGCAAACCAAGGGCGCAUGCCUUGUGCCAAAGCGCGCCCUCAAAGUGAUGGAGGCGGAGGUCAAUCGUGUGCUGCAGCUGACCUCCAACAUGGUCAUACCCAUCAUGUACCAAGUGCCGCGCAAGACCUAUCGCGACUUCCAUGCUGACCUCUAUCCCGAAACAACGGGCUACAGGACAGAGCUAGUGGCCAGCGAGUGGCUCAAUGGCACCAAUCAGGCUGUGCCCAAAAUGAAUUUAGAUCCAGCGAAGCGCGAACUUGGCGAUGAGCCCAUUGUCAUACAUCGCGGCAAUCUGAGCGAUUUCAUCAAGAACCUGGAGAACCAGAAGGCAAAGGGCAAGAGUCAAAAUCAAAAGCCCGCCACAACCUCGACCAAGCGGAACGACAACGAGCACUUCAUGAUGCUGCGCAAGUGCAACAACGGGGAGGAGAAGAACGGCAAUGAGAACCACGGCAGUGAGAAGCGUGUGGCCCAACCCAAGACGCAGGCGGACGAGUCCAGCCUGAGCCAGAACGAGCUAAUACGCAAAUUUGAGGCGAAAUAUAAGACGGACUCGGAAAAGGAUCAGCAGGCGGAUGAAAAGGAAUCGCCCACCGAGCACUCGACCGGCAGCAGCGAGGAGGCCUCCUCCUCGGCGGCACUGGACACCAAUUCGGCCAGCGGCAGCCAUUCGCCGCCAAAGCCAAUGCCGCGCACCUCGCGCAACAAUUCGCUGCCCGAAGCCAGCAAUCCGCAAUCCGGUUGCGGUUCCGGCAGCGGCAACGAUUCAGCUGGCGAGUGCAACACGCCACGUCCCCGGCCACGCACGACUGCAGCGGCCGCUUACAAGCCCCGCCUCGGCCCAAAGCCCUUCUCUAGCAACACUGGCGACGUCUCCUUUGACAAAGUGUUUGCUGUGCCCGUUGCGCCCGGCUCCCAUGAAAAUAUAUCGAAUGUUGGACAGGAGAACUGCAGCGAAGUGCCAGCCCCAGGUGCCAAGCCCGAUCUCAUUGUGGAAAUUGAAAUUGAAAAAAGCCAUGAACGCGAACCAAAUGUGGCCGGCAAUGGCAAUGGAAAUGGCGUACAAAAGUCAUUGACGACAUCGGAGCGCCGCAAGUCUUCGGCUGACGAUGAUGAAUCAUCCGAUAAGAUAUUCGAACAAAAUUCGGAAUCAUCGGAGAACUCAACCGAGGGCGAGGAUCGCACCGAUGCCGAUCUGCGACGCUUUUCAGCGGUGCGCAGCAGCAUCGCCGAACGACGUCGCGUCUACGAGAGUCGCUCCAAAAGCCAGGUGGACGACAAGGCUCAAUCGCCGGUGCCACUUCGCCGCGAGAGCUCCAAGGUGGAGCCGCUGAAGCCCAGCCAGCAGUUGGGCGGCAACAGCAAUGUUAUGCCCGCCAGCGGCAUUGACAGCAAACGCAUUUCGGUGCCCGAGGGCAAGCUAAUGGAGGAGCAUCGACAGCGCGGCAAUGGUGCUGGUCUCAAGAAAUCGGCCACAGAGGCGGCGUUCAGUGCGGCGUCCACCAAGCGGACAUCGACCGUCUUUGGCAAGGUGUCCAAGUUUCGUCACUUGAAGGGCACGCCCGGCCAUAAGUCGACACACAUUGAGAAUUUGCGCAAUCUGAGCCGGCAGAUACCGGGCGAAUGUAAUGGCUUUCAUGCCAAUCAUGAGCGUGUCGCUGUGCCGCUAUCCGGGCCCGGCGGUAAGAUUGCCAUCUUUGAGCUGAGCCGGCCCGGGCGUCUGCCCGAUGGCGUCAUACCGUCGCUGGUGAAUGGCAGCAACAUUAUGGACUUCCAAUGGGAUCCGUUUGAUGCACAGCGUCUGGCGGUUGCGUGCGACGAUGGCAUUGUCAAAUUGUGGCACAUCGAGGAGGGUGGCCUGAGUGAGCCAACAAAUACGCCGCAAGGCGAAUUGACCGCACAUCUGGACAAGAUCUAUUUUAUACGCUUUCACCCGCUGGCCGCCGAUGUGCUGCUAACAGCCAGCUAUGAUAUGACCAUCAAGCUGUGGGAUUUGCGCACCAUGACCGAAAAGUGCGCACUAACCGGCCACACGGAUCAGAUAUUCGAUUUUGCCUGGAGUCCCUGUGGCAAGCUGGGCGCCAGCGUUUGCAAAGAUGGCAAAAUACGCGUCUACAAUCCACGCAAAUCCGAGACGCCCAUACGCGAGGGCAACGGACCCGUGGGCACGCGCGGUGCACGCAUCACCUGGGCGCUUGAGGGUCACUACAUUGUCUGCACCGGAUUCGAUAAAGUCUCGGAACGUCAGAUUAGCGUGUACAAUGCACAAAAAUUGACUGCGCCGUUGAAUACGGCCAGCUUGGAUGUGUCGCCAUCGAUACUAAUACCAUAUUAUGAUGAGGAUAGCUCCACACUGUUUGUCACCGGCAAGGGCGAUUCCACCAUCUAUUGCUAUGAGAUAACCGAUGAGGAGCCAUAUAUAUGCCCGCUGUCGCAUCAUCGCUGCUCCUCGCUGCAUCAGGGCCUCAGUUUUCUCACCAAGAACCACUGUGAUGUGGCCAGCGUCGAGUUCUCCAAGGCAUACAGGCUGACAAACACAACCAUCGAACCGCUCAGCUUUACAGUGCCGCGCAUUAAGAGCGAACUGUUCCAGGAUGACUUGUUCCCACCCACGCGCAUUACAUGGAGCGCCACGCUGUCUGCUGAGGAUUGGUUUGCGUGCAACGACAAGAUCGCUGCCAAAGUUAGCCUUAAGCCGGAGGGCAUGGACACGCUAUCCUCCAUACAACAAGUUCCGGCGCUAGCUAAAAAGCCGGAUCACUCGAAUUUUGGCAGCAAGUCCGAAUAUGAAAGCAACAAGCAGCAGGAGAUCCAAAAAUCGGUUAGCGCGCGCAUGGAGUACACAACCAAGUUGGAGCAGGAUGAAAUGGAGGGCGUCGAUGAGAACGAAUGGCAGGAGUAGCGCCAACCAUCAUCGCAUACACAUAAGCUAUAUUAUUAAAUAUACACUCAUAGAUAAGUUCAACUCGUAUAUGCAUAAUCGAUGCAUAAAUAUUAUACAAUAACACACACACACAUACAGACAAACACUGACAAACACACGACCCGGCAAGGACGACGGUUAGGAUAUUCGUGAGCUUUGCUCCUUUUCCCCCUUUUACGCCAAACAUGAAAUCCCCGCGCGCACGCAGGCUGCCUUUAAAACUUGGGCCAACGCCAUGUAAAUAGCAAACGCGGUGUUAACUGCUCGGUGCUGCUAGAAAUUAGAGAGAGACAAAUAGAGAAAGAGAGAGAGAGAGAGAGUGAGAGUAAGGGGGAUAGAUAGAGAGAGAGAGAGAGAUAGAUACACACUUAUUGUAUGCACUGCUAACUGGUUGUGUGCCAAUAUACCCGCAGUUACCCUGUACCCGAAUAUAUAUACCCAACUGCAGUUGCUCAAUAAUUGCCAAAUUACAAAUGUUAAGGCAGAUUCGUUUAAUUUUGCUCGUUUUUUGUAUUUGUAUCGUAUUUAUCUUUGUGUUUGUUUUCUUUAUAUAUAUAUACAUGCAUAUAUAUAUAAAUAUAUAUAUAUACAUAUAUAUAAAAGUAUAUCUUUUUUUGUGUUUGUUUAAGUAGUUAGUCCAAAUUAGUUAAGCGUAUUUUACAUAAACAUUUUAUAUAUAUAAUUUUUACACAUUAUAUGAUUUUCGCAUAAGUUUGUGGCCAUAUAUGCUGUUGAUAAUGUUGAUAAAGAAGACGAUGGACCGAAAGUUAGUAACAGGAUUGAUUUAUAUGUAUAGUACACAAAUGCCGUGUACAUGUAUAUUUUUUAGAGCUUUACAAUGUAUUUUUUCAACUCUCAGUCUAUAUCAUGUGUGCUCUCUAUAAACAUAUAUUUUUGUUAGUUAAUUGCGACGCGAUAUAACUCUCUCGCCUUGGGGAGCAGCUCAGCCGGGCCUAUCACACACACACACACACACACACACACACACACAGACUUGCAAACUCUCUACAUUAUGUAUUUUAUAGCAUAUAUAUAAAAGACAUUUUCUUGUUUUUUUUUUUUUUUGUAAAAAUUCGCUUUUUGUCAUACGCUUUCGAUUAUGGUUUAAACUUUUCUAGUCUUUGUCUUUAGAAAAACGCAUUCGCAUUCGCUACUAAAAAUUCGUUGCUUCCCUUUUGCGAUAACAAAAAAAAAUCGUGCGCAUUGACAUAUAUAGAAAUAUAACCCAAACCGUAUUCAACAGUUACAACAACAACAACAACAACAGAACUUAUAGACUGUACUGGACACUAAAACGUUUUAUGCGUAAGCCAAUCAAGCGAGUAUUUUGUUAACAUAACUUAACUAAAACUAAACCGUAAAGCUAAGCGUAAAAUGACACUAAAAUAAAUCAAAUCAAAUAUGUAACGCCAGAAUCAAAUCAAAA